AAUUUAAACAGCGAUACCAUCACCUCCGAUGUCUUCGGCCAGUUGAAGGGGCAAGAACAAGAAGUACCGCGGCUGUGUGUGUAGUAGUACGUUCUUUGACUUUCGCUAAGGACGUCGAUGCGCUUAUGAAUAUCUACUGGACACGGUUACUAGUCCGCGCUUAUUACGCUAAUUUAAAAGUGAAUGAAGCAAUCUCUUAAUUUUUUUUAUUUUUCUUUGUUACCGAUUUAAAUUUCUAUGUGCAGUGAGUGUUAAGGAAACUUACAGGAUAUGAUAUGAACUUGGAUUUAUAGCUGGGCUUGUCAGGACCAUGGAAGGACAAUUUAAGGAAAAUCGAAGAGCAAAUUUAAAGCUACAUCUUCAUAAACACAUAACAAAUACAAUAGACUUUAGGCAAUUAGUUUAAUAAAACUACAAAAUCUAAACUAAUAAUUACCAAAGAUUUUCAAUGUAUCUAGAUUAAUUAAGACCCAAUUUAUUUUAUAACUGCCAUAUUUAAGUUCUACGCAUAUUUCUUAAUACUAGUCAAAGAAAUUUACCUAUUUAUUACAACUAUUAAUACAUAGAUUUACAUUAAACGAGAUAAUAUAAUAAAAUUUAGUGCCACAACAGUAAACGACAUAAACCAAUACCAAAUUAUCUAGUCAAAAUUAAAGUCAUAAUAUCUUGCUCAAAAUAAGACAGUUAAAUAAAAUAGCCGUAUUUUUGAGAUGGCUGUGAUAGCUCUUCCCUCGAUUGCUGCAGCAAUUAAGACGGGUGUAGCACUAAUUGGAGCGGGAAAAAUUGCAGUGUUGCCAUUCCUGAUAGCAGCAAUUACAUAUUUCCACUAUGAUCAAUUUGAUCCCGAAAAUCGACCGGUCGACAGAGACCCAGAUCCAUCGUACGACUUCGUGGUGAUCGGUGCUGGUUCUGCCGGAUCGGUCCUCGCUAACCGACUGUCCGAAGUACCGCAGUGGAAAGUGCUUCUACUCGAGGCGGGAGGCCAUGAAACUGAAAUAUCGGACGUGCCAAUCCUCAGUUUGUACUUGCACAAGAGCAAAUUGGAUUGGGGUUACAAAACUGAACCUCAACCAACAGCUUGCCAAGCCAUGGUAGAAAACAGAUGCAGUUGGACAAGAGGAAAAGUUCUAGGAGGAUCAAGUGUAUUAAAUACUAUGUUGUACGUUAGAGGCAAUAGAAGAGAUUUUGAUAGAUGGGCAUACUAUUGGGGUAAUACUGGAUGGUCAUAUGAAGAAGUUUUACCAUACUUUAAGAAGAGUGAAGAUCAGCGAAACCCAUACUUAGCAAGGGAUGCCAAAUACCAUGCGACAGGUGGAUACCAAACAGUUCAAGACUGUCCUUACAAUACACCUUUAGGUAUUGCAUUCCUCCAGGCAGGUCAAGAAAUGGGAUACGAUAUUAGGGACAUUAAUGGGGAGAAACAAACUGGAUUUGCUUUAUGGCAAAUGACGAUGAGACGCGGUUCAAGAUGUAGCACAGCAAAAGCCUUCCUGAGACCUAUUAGAUUAAGAAAAAACUUCCAUCUAUCUUUGUACAGUCACGUAACAAAAAUUUUGAUAGAUCCCACUACAAAACGGGCCUAUGGAGUUGAAUACAUUAAAAAUGGAGAAAAACACACUGUACUGGCCAAAAAGGAAGUGAUCCUUUCAGCCGGUGCCAUCAACACUCCGCACCUUUUAAUGUUGAGCGGUAUAGGACCUGCAGCGCAUUUAAAGGAACACAAUAUUCCAGUACUUUACGAUUCACCUGGCGUUGGACAAAAUCUUCAGGAUCAUAUUGCUGUUCCUAUCAUUUUCCUUAUCGAUCACCCUAUUUCACUGGUACUCAAUCGCUUAGUUAACAUUAACUCAGCUCUAAGAUAUGCAAUCAAAGAGGAUGGUCCUUUAACUUCAUCGGUUGGAUUAGAAGCUGUUGGAUUUAUACCAACCAAAUAUGCCAAUAGAUCGGACGAUUGGCCAGAUAUGGAGUUCAUGAUUUUGAGUACUACCAUUGCCGCGGACGGAGGUUCUCAAGUGAAAAAAGCCCACGGCGUAUCGGACGAAUUCUACAACGAGGUAUAUUCCGACAUCAACUACAAGGACACAUUCGGCAUAUUCCCUAUGAUGUUACGACCCAAAGCCCGCGGAGAAAUCAAACUGCGUUCGAAAAACCCACUAGACUACCCUUUACUCUACCACAACUACUUGAACAAUGAACACGAUGUAAACGUACUACGUGAAGGUGUUAAAUCAGCCAUAGCUUACGGCAACACCGAAUCUUUAAAGCGUUUUGGAACCAGGUUCUACGAGAAACAGAACAGAGUGCCCAAAUGCAAGCAUUUGCCUCCAUACACCGACGAGUACUGGAACUGUUUUGUGCGACAGUACACUCUUUCGAUCUACCAUUACUCUUGUACAGCUAAAAUGGGGCCACAGAGUGAUCCCUACGCAGUGGUAGAUCCCCAGUUACGUGUUUAUGGGAUAUCAGGAUUGCGAGUAAUCGAUGCAUCGAUCAUGCCAACGAUUACCAACGGGAAUAUCAACGCUCCUACGAUAAUGAUCGGAGAAAAAGGAGCCGAUAUGAUUAAAGAUUAUUGGUUUAGGGUGGGUAGAAGAAAAAAGCGACAUAACGAAGAUGUUGAAGAUAACUUAGAUGUAGUAUAUAACGCUAGACUGAUAGAUGAAGGAUACUUCACUAGGGUAGUAUACUAAGUAGAGUGUGUAGAUGUGUAGGAAUUUUUGUGUUGUGAACUUUAGUAUAAAAUGUAAUUGAUUGCCAAAAGAUAAGUAAUAGUAGAUUAUAUUAGUAUAUGCGUAAAUAGACAAAACUGUACUGACAGUAAAUUUUAUGUACAUAUUGACACUUUCAUGCCGAAGUAUCUAAAGUUUUAUAAGCCAAAUAAAUAAAUAGAUAGGUGUGUUCGAAGAAACUCUCAAGGAGUAUCUUUAUUGGGAUUUUUUUUCGUCCAAAAUUUUUUAAUAGAAGGUGGGUUUAAUAAUGAAAAUACCAACUUUUCUUAUUUUAAAUUAGCGAUGGGAACUAUCGAAUGAAUUAGACUAUCGAAUGGUUACUGAAUGAAUGAU